AAUCCCCAAAUUACCCUUCUUCCAGUUCAGUCUCCAACAAGCUUCUGAAAUUUUUUAAAUAACCCGCGCCUCAAUUGAAUAUUUUAAAAAGAAACGUUUCUUUUUUUGCAGACCAAAACCCUUAUAUAUAGCCACACAAACUCUCUCAGUCUCCAUAGCCAAAGACCUUCAAAAUUAACCUAAUCCCCAAAUUCAACUCUUCCAAUCUUUCUUUUCAGUUUUUUCUUCAUUUCCAAUCGAAAAUGCCUGCUUACCCAGAAGAGCCACUUCUCGCUCCCAACCCCGACAGAUUCUGUAUGUUCCCAAUUCAGUACCCUGAGAUUUGGGAAAUGUACAAGAAGGCCGAGGCUUCGUUCUGGACGGCGGAGGAGGUAGAUCUCUCUCAAGACAAUACCCAAUGGGAAAAUAUGACUCCCGAUGAGAAACAUUUCAUUUCCCAUGUUCUUGCUUUCUUUGCCGCCUCAGACGGCAUCGUUUUGGAGAAUCUCGCCGGAAGGUUCAUGAAAGAUGUUCAAGUUGCGGAGGCGCGUGCCUUUUACGGUUUUCAAAUCGCUAUCGAGAAUAUUCACUCUGAGAUGUACAGUCUGUUGUUGGAGACUUACAUUAAAGAUCCGGCUGAAAAGAAUUGUCUCUUUCACGCCAUCGAAACCAUUCCUUGUGUGGCCAAGAAAGCUCAGUGGGCCAUGAGAUGGAUCGACGGCUCAGAAACUUUCGCCGAGCGUUUGAUUGCGUUUGCCUGCGUUGAAGGAAUCUUCUUCUCCGGAAGCUUCUGUGCGAUAUUUUGGCUAAAGAAGCGCGGGUUAAUGCCUGGUCUCACGUUUUCAAACGAAUUGAUCUCGCGGGACGAAGGGUUGCACUGCGAUUUCGCGUGUUUGCUUUACACGCUUCUGAAAAAGAAGCUGAGCGAGGAGCGAGUCAGGGGAAUCAUUCGCGACGCCGUUGAAAUCGAAAGAGAGUUUGUCUGUGAAGCUUUGCCGUGUGCCUUGGUUGGUAUGAAUGGUGAUCUUAUGAGCAAGUAUAUCGAGUUCGUCGCCGAUAGAUUGAUGGAUGCGUUGGGUUACCCCAAGAUCUACAAUGCCCAGAACCCCUUUGAUUGGAUGGAGCUGAUUUCGUUGCAGGGUAAAACUAAUUUCUUUGAGAAGAGAGUUGGAGAGUACCAAAAGGCCUCUGUGAUGUACAGCAUCAAUGGCGAUGGUGGUAACCAUGUUUUCAAGCUGGACGAGGAUUUCUAAUCUGGGUUUAUGCUGAUAAUGAUAAUCCUUAUAGUUGAUUUGUAAUCUGUUUGUGAAAUAGGUGUUAAAUUUUUUAGUUUGGAAUUUUAUCAUAUAUAUUAGUUUUUUUUCCUAUUUGUUGUUUGAGAUAUUUAAUUAAAGAAAAGGAAAUAAUAUCAGUAUUAUCUAGUUCGGUU